AUGUGUACAAUACUAAUGAUUGCUGUAUUAGAAGGUCGUAUUAAUUUGGUUAAAAUGCUCUUGAGUAAAUUUCGAAAGUUGAUUAAUCUAGAAACUAAAGGUGCAAUUAUAUUUAACUCUGGGUUGACAGACGGCGUAACUGCACUGUUGACAGCUGUAGUUUUGAGGAAUUUCGAUAUGGUCAAAUUAUUAAUUGAAAAUGGAGCAGAAGUUAAUACUGUGAAUAACUAUGGUGCAACGCCAUUGCAUGUAGCGUCUAGUCUUGGCAGAGCUGAUAUUGUUAAAUAUUUGAUUGAAGAAGCGCAGGGUGAUAUUAGUAGAGUCAAUAAAGGAAAUGUUACAUGUUUAAACAUAGCUGGACAUUGUGGUCAUUUAGAAUUAAUGAAGUAUCUAUUACAACAACCUAAUAUAGAUGUCAAUCAUCAAAGUCAUAACGGAUAUACAACAUUACAUUGGGCUGUAGAGCGUAAUAACAUUGAAAUCAUUAAACUUCUACUAUCAUAUAAUGCGCGAAUAGAUAUUAAAAAUGCAAAGAACAUGACUUCAUUAGAAAUGGCUGCUGAAAGUACAGAUGAAGAAGCUGUUAAUUAUAUGUUAAGCAUUGAAGAUCUGAUUGGAGUUAAAGAGAAGAUUGAAGUGUUGGAAUUAUUAGGUGCAUCAUUUGCAUGUAGAAACAAAGAAACUUAUAAUUUAGAAAAAGCCUACGAGUAUAUCAUGCAAGCAAUGAAAUUAAGAACAUCGAGUGGUAAUCUAAAAACUAAUCUGACACCAUUAGUUCAGCCAAUCGCAGCUUAUAACUAUCGCCCAGAAUGUGUUUCGAUCUCUGAACUAGAAUCAAUUUGUUACGAGAAUGAGUCUCUUCGUCUAGAAGCGCUACUCAUUCUUGAACGUCUCUUACCACCUACGAGUUGCACUUCGCUAAUAUACUGUAUUUGGUAUGAAGGUUGGAUGUAUGUUCAACAGCAAAUAUAUGAUCGUUGUAUUCACUUGUGGUUUCAUGGGUUAGAACUUUCUACUAGAGACGAUAACAUCGAUAUGUGUGGUAUAAAUCUUAAUGACAGAGUGAUGUAUAUUUCUGAAGGUGUACGAGGUUUUGGUGAACUCUAUUGUGAAAUGCUAUCAGUGAAGUGGAAAACCAUUUCAACUACAACAUUUUUAGAGGUUUUAAAAUUCGCAAUCAAUCAAUUUAGACGUUUUUGUCAAAACCCAACUGAAACCAAGAAAGUUCCCCGUAACAUUGAAUACAAUCAUUUUGUAGACAGCAUUUUGUUCUUUAUCUAUGUUUCCACAAAGGUGUGA